UCUCUCUGGAGUACUCCACUGCCAUUUGAAGGUGCUUGAAGGGCUUUUUGAACCCACAAUGGGGGAUAAUAAGCUUUACCUUUUGCUGCUCCUGAGCAUCGUUGUCUUCUCUGAUGCUCAAGAUGAGGAAGCACAGUGCCUUUUGGCUAAAAGGUACAGAAGCUUUCACAAGUAUGAAUACCUUUAUGAAUCAGAGUCUCUGAAUGGCCUAAAUGGAGCGCUCAAUGGACCCAAAGCAAGCUGCAAGGUUGAGAUUGAGGUUCCUGGCACAUGUCACUAUGUGGUGCACACCAAGGAAUGCACACUGAGUGAAGUCAUCGACACUGAUACCGAUGGAAGCCCAGUCUUUAGGCCGGCUGCGGCUUCAGACAACUUCAAGGCAGAAAUGGAGAAGAACCCAUUGAAGGUCAUUGUAGAGGGUGAUAAUGACAUCAAGCUGUUCCCCGAGGAUGAUGAACUCAUUAACAUUCUGAACAUCAAGAGAGGUAUCAUCUCUGCCCUGGCUGUGCCUGUACUUGAAGAGGAGAGGAACAAUAGAAUGCCAACAAUUUUUGGUCUGUGCAAGACUGAAUAUACUGUAAAUGCCAGAGGAGAUAUUGCCACUGAUGUCACCCUCACAAGGGAUCUGUCAAGAUGUGACAAUUUCAGACCAAUCAAGGACCACACCAGCCCCCUGGCCCUGAUUACAGGCAUGAACUAUGGACUUGCCCAGCUGUUCAAUAGCAAACAGACCUGUAACUACAAAUUUGACAACACUCUGAAGCACAUGACCUCUGGUGUUUGCACUGAGAACCAUCUUCUUGUGCCUUUCUCUCACCAGGAGAAGUAUGGCAUUACCAAUGUUGCCAAACAGACUGUGUCUUUGGUGGGAGUGACUGAAUACAAUGACAGAGUCUUUGAUCACAACGAGGCCAACAUGAAGCCCCUGUACCUCGAUGCCAGCAUUGAUAUGAGCCCAAUUCAGGAUGAGAAAGCUAUUCUUACCGUUAUGACCGAGCUGGCUGAUCUUUCCAAGACAAAUAACGGACGCAGGAGAGCCCACCUGGCCCAGAAGCUCGUGUCCAUGAUGCGCAAGGCAAAUGCUGACACUCUGUCUGCCUUCUUGCCAGAGGCAUUGACGGUUUCUCGCUUCCUGACCUACCAGGCUUUGUUCCAGUGUGGCACUCCGGAGUGUAGUAGUGCCAUCAUGAAAUUCCUCAGGAUCUCAGGAAGCAGCACUGCUGAAAUUGACACUGCAGUUUAUGCCAUGGGACUGGUGCCCAACCCGUCACGUGCCCUUGUCAAGGAGAUGCUGGAGAUGGCCAGAUACAAGCCCACCAAGCUGAUUUACUACGCUACCAGCAAUGCUGUUAGAAGGCUCUAUACAGCAGAGGGAAAAGUAACUCCAGAAAUCCAGGCAGCAGCUGAUUAUGUAUCUGAAGAAAUUGGUGACUGCACAGGUGACCAAGAGCACAUCUACCUGACCCUAAGGGUGACUGGUAACAUGGCUGCUGCAGUGGGUGCUGCCAGCCCUGCCCUGAAGUCCGCUGUGAUCCAGUGCAUCAGUCAGCCUGCUGCCACCCCCAAGGUUCAACAAGCUGCCAUCCAGGUCUUCAGACUGACACCUAUCCCUGAAGAGGGCAGAUCAGUGCUCUUGCAAGUUGUGCUGGACGGAGUUGCUCCUUUGCAGAAACGUAUUGCUGCUUACCUCAUUCUGAUGAAGGAUCCUCAAGCUGAUGAACUCACUCAGAUAACUGCAGCUCUCCCUAAUGAACAGAACCUGCAGGCUAAGAGCUUUUUCAUCUCUCAUAUGACCAACAUUUUGAGCUCUACUGCACCAGAGACAAGACAGCUGAGGGAGAGGAUCCUUGAUGCCCUCCAAGGCAAUGAGAUCGGAGAGGUCAUGAAUCCGGCCCAGUUUUCUCGCAACUACAAGAUUGGCUCUCUACAGGGAAGCAUGAUCUUUGGUGAAGAUGAACUGCCCAAAGAAAUCGUACUUGAAAUGACCCUGAAUGCUUUUGGAUUUGACUUUGAUAUGUUUGAGGUUGGUGUGGAGGGAAAAGGAUUUGAGCCAACUGUAGAGGCUUUGUUUGGACCUAAUGGUUUCUUUCCUGAUACCGUGAUGAAGACCAUUUACUUUGCUGCCGACAAGAUGCCACCUCAAUUUAACCAGGUUCUGAGGAAUAUCAUCCCUGAAUUGAGGAAUGACAGGAAAAAGAGACAGGCCACACAAAAUAUUGUCAGAGAAAUUACCCAAAAUGUUGAGAAGCUAAUCAAUGACCUGAAGGCCCAAGAUACCCCUGAAGCCAUGCUCUACCUGAGGCUACUGGGUGCUGAGCUUGGGUAUCUUAAAAUGGAAGACAUGCAGGAGUUGGCCCACGCUGUGUCAAAGGUGGUUGAAAAGCUCCUGAAGAUGUUCCCAGCUGAAUACAUCAAAGGCCUGUUCUCAAGCACAGACAAUGAGCUUUUCCUUCAUUACAUGUUCAUGGAUAAUGAGUUUUACCUACCUACUGGUCCUGGUGUACCACUGAGGGUUGCUCUUUCUGGUACCUUCGCACCUGGGUUCAAAGGAGGGCUGAAAAUUGCUCGUGACAUGAGUGAAAUAUCUUGCAUGCCAUCUGUUGGUGUGGAGUUUGUGACUGAGAUUGGCACUCACCUCCCGGACUAUGUUCAGUCUGGCCUGGAGAUGCACACCAGCCUCUACCAUGAGCGCGGAAUUACAGCUAAGCUUGCAUUGGCCCAAAACCAGAUCAAGCUGACCAUCCCGGCCCCUGAGACUCCAUCUAAACUCAUCAGUAUUACCAACUCCCUGUUUUCUGUUGCUGGUGAUGACAUCAAGACAGUUCCUGCUAUGAUGAAUCGUAUUAAUAAAGAGGAAUGCAAUCCUAUCUUCCCUGGGCUAAACCUGUGUGGUGCUGUUCAGUUCUCAUACGGCACGUCAAAUGAUGCCUCCCCAUAUUUCCCACUUUCUGGUGACAGCAGCUAUGAAGUUGAGCUGCGCCCCACUGGUGAGGUCUCUGAGUACACUGCCACCAUUACAUACGCACAUGAGCAGAUGGUUGACAAAGUCACAAUUGACGUAAAAGCUGAGGGAACACCAACUGAGGCCACAGCCCAGAUGAUGUUCAACAGAAAGACAUACACUGCUUCAGCUGAGCUUCAGAUUCCUGAAUACAUCGAUGUUGGAUUUAGAAUUGAUACAGCUGACCAGCCCAGUACUGCCAGAGGUGCACGUGGUGUCAAAAUCGACUUCCUCAACAACAACGUGGCUCAGGGAUCCCUGGUUGGUCUGGCUAAAAUUGAUGCACUGAAGGAAGCUAUGCUGCAGGUUCAGCUGCUUGUCCCAUCUCUUCAGACUGAUGCAAAAAUGACUGCCAAUCUGAAGCGUGCUGAGGAUCUGGUAUUGGAGCUUGAAAGUGACAUCAAGUUCUUUAAGGCUUCUUCUGUGCAGAACCUCGUUCUGAAAUAUGAUGAUGAAAGAAUUAAAGCUGAGAUUAAAUCAGAUGUCAGCUGUGAAACCGAGAGCAUUUUAUCUGAAUUUGAUGCCAUUCUUGAUCAGCGUAUUGGCAAGACUGAUAUGACCGUGCGUCAUGUGCUAACAUCCUCAGUUCAGGCCACAAACAACUACCUCGAAGCCUCUAAGAUCCCAUUUGUGGAAGAACUAAGAGUCCCUGCUUUCCCAAAAAUUGAUGUGCCUAAGACCCUGUUCAUGAAUAUUGGAGCUGGAGCUGAGUACCGCUUUGCCAAUCAGUACUACACAUUCGACUUCUUUUUACCUCUCGGUGGCAAAUCAUCGAUGGAUCUGAACUUCCCUUCUGCUCUCACCACACCACAACUGGCACUGCCUAUGCUUGGUCUUGAGCUUGCCCCCAUUAGUGUUCCAAUCCCUGAAAUAGUUGUUCCAGAGAGAAUGACUUUGCACAUGCCCAAACUUGGAAUGGCAACAGUAUCUGGGAAGCUUAGCAGCAACCUUUACAACAUGGAGGCAAAUGCAUCUGCUGGCAGAGAUCUUGUUGAACACCUAAGCUAUUCUGCCAAACUUGACGCAACUGGAACAGGCCCUGUGGACAUCCUCGACUUCAGAGUACAAGGAUUGGCUCUGCUUUCUGGGUCAUCAGACUCAGAUGUUCUAACAGCAAAGGUGAACACUGCUGUCACCAACAAACUAAUUGAUGUCAGAGUCAACAUUCAGGAGGAACUUACACUAAAAGAGAUGACUGUGAAAUCCAGCAGCAACUUUGAAGCCAACACUGCCCUUGGUGUAAAAGCAUCUUUGGAGCAUACAGGCCAACUAGCAAUGGCUCCAGGCGAAAUCUCUGGCGAUAGUAACUUAAAGGGAUCUGUGACCGGUCUUGUUCAAGGCGAUGUCACUCUCGAACAGUCUCUUGCUCUUUUCCCAUUCAGGCCAGAAGGAAGGAUUCAGUCUUCAUUAAAGGUUGAUUCAACUGCUCUUCAGGCUGAGAAUCGUAUCACAGCAACCUUUGCUAAUGGAGAGUUGUCAGUUCAGUUAAAUACAGAAGUUUUGGGAGAACGGCUGACCCAUACGGCUGAAGUAACCUUUAUGCAGUCCAGGUUUGCUGUAAAGUCAGACGCAAAGGCUUUGGCUUUGGGAAUGAAGAUCCAGAACAUUGCUGAAGCAAGUGUUGGUGCUAGAGAUAUGAACAUCAAGUUUGAGACCACCACAGAUUCUGGAAACCAUGUCAAGUCCCUGAUCACUGCCAUUUUGAAUGAAAAUGGUCUGGCUGUAAACGGUACUGCUUCUGCCAAGGUGGCUGGUCACACUGCUUCCCACAGAAGCAAACUGACUCUGAACAAAAAUGGUCUGGUUACCAGCUGCAACACCAACCUGAAGAGCCCCCUGAUUCUGAGUAAUACUUUCCGUUGUAGCCUUGACAGGACUAAGGCUUCUCUGUCAGUCAAGACAAAUGCUAAAUUUGUUAACCUCGAUCUUACUAAUGACAUCUCCAUGACUGCUUCGACAUCUUCUUUAGCUUUAACUUGUAAAUCCCAAGGUUCCUUUGCCAAAGAUUUGGGGUAUGUGAAUGAUAUCUCUGUUCAGGCUGAACCUUACUCUGCUGUUGUGAACAUCAACAAUGACCUGAAGAUUCUUCCCAUCCAAAUAAACAAUGGAGCUGUGUUGAAGGCAGAACCCUACAAAGCAGAUCUUACUGGUUCUGUGAAAGUUGCCCUUAAUGCAGAGGAGCUGAAACACACUUAUGAGAUCAAGUAUGCAGAUCUAACUGCAACCGCCAAGUGCAGUACAACUGGAAAACUCAUGGGGUCCCACAUGAGCCAUGACUCUGAGAUUGAGAUCGCAGGACUUAGUGUCAGAAUCAAUAACAAUGCCAACUUCAAUUCCCAACCUGUUCGUCUUUCCACAACCCUUCAGGCUACAGCUGUUCCUUUCAGCUUCAACCUAAAUGCCCUUGCUAAUGGAGACGGAGAAUUGAAUCUGUAUGGAAAACAGAAUGCCCAGGUUUACACCAAGAUCCUUCUGAAGGCAGAGCCACUUGCCCUUGCACAUUCCCACGAAUGUAGAAUCUCAACCAAACACGAGUUCAGCAAUGACGUCACCGUUGAAAUGAACCUUGAUAAUAAAGUAGACACUGUGCUGACACCUUCUGAGCAAACUGCUACCAUAAGAAUGAAAUCCAAGGUGAACAACAAUGAAAUCAGCCAAGACGUCAGUGCAUAUAACAACGAUAAGAGAAUCGGACUGGAAGUGUCUGGAGUAUUCACCAACAUUGACAUCAGUGACCAAGAUUUCUCAUUGUCUGGUUUCCUGAAAUAUGACAAGAACUCAGAGAGCCAUGUCAUCAGCCUGCCAUUUAUUGAGAGUCUUCCAGCAGUUGCUGAAUACAUUAAAAACACAGCUGUCACCAUAAUUGAAGCCUUGCAAAAUUACAUAAAAACAGAAGACUUUGUGGACAAGAUUCAAACACUUCUACAGUAUGUCCGUGACGUUGUGACUGACCUAAAUCUUGAAGAAAAGGUGGUCCAGCUUAAGAAUGAUUUGAUUAUGUUUGCACAGGACUGUCCUAUCACCGUGGAGAGUUUGGAAGCCUCUGUAGUGAAACUGAGUACAGCUGCUCAGAUGAUGCAAAGUGAAGUUGAAAAACUCGUGAAGGAAAUGGUUAAGAAUGGUGCUCCAACCGUCCAGAAGCUAACAGAAAAGCUUAAUGCUCUCAUGGAGGAAUAUAAAAUCAGUAGUCUGCUCGUUGCUGUCAUUGAGGCCAUUGAAAAUGUGAUCAAACAGAUUGACAUAAUGACUCUGAAGGACAGCAGCAUUGCCUUUUUGUACAACUUGAAUGAACAAUAUGCGAUCAAAGACACAUUAGAGGAGAUGGUUCGUGACCUGAAGGAGAUGGUUGCAAAUUUUGAUAUGGCCAAAUUUGUUGAAGAUGUGAAGGAUUUCAUUAUCUCUUUUGAUAUUAAAGAAUACACAGAGGACCUCAUGGAUCUAUUCCCCACAGAAAAAAUCAGCAAGUAUGCUAAUAGGCUAAAACAGCUUAUCACUGAUCUGGACAUUACUGGCAGGUGUAAAAUCUUCUUCAGCAACAUGAAAGAUAUUCUUGUGAAAUAUGGGGUUGAUAAAAAGAUUGAAGAAUUUCUGGACAGGAUUGUGGAACUUAUCAAGCAGUUCAAGAUUGAUCAAACAGUCCAAGUUUUAACUGACACUCUGAAAUCCAUUCAGCAUCCAUUCCCAAACUUGCUGGAUGAAGCCAUCACCUACCUGAAGACAACUGAGAUGAAGGACAUAAUCGAAGAUCUUAACAAAUACCUUGAAGCUCUUGUACAAAAAAUAAGGUCAUUCGAUUACAAUGCGUUUGUGGAUGAGGCAAAUCAAAAAAUCAGUGAGUGCACAACCAAACUUAAUGACCUCAUUGUGUCACUUGAGCUCCCUCAGAAACUGGAAGCAGCUACAGAAUUUAUUAACUAUGCAGUAUCGUCAUUUUCUGCUUUCUUUGAAGAGCUGAAAGCUGUUAAAGUUGCAGAUGUCCUGAAGAUCAUUGACAAUGUUGUUCUUAACAACAUUAAGGCAUUUUCUGAAACUUUCAAGCAGAAAAUUAAUGAUAUAAACCUCAAAGAGCAAAUUAUCUCAACUUUGAAUGAUGUAAGUGAUAUAUACACUCGGUUCCUGGAUGAUGUCACUGCUACAAUUAAUGACAUUAUUGACAUGGCACAAAGUAUUCUUGGGGAUCAGCCUGUUUUCACUGAGCUGAAGCAAAUCAUUGAAGGGAUCAUUUCUGGAUUGAAGACCGCUGAACUUGUGACCCCUUCUUUCGACAUUCCAUUUACUAAUCUCAUGGUUCCCUCCAAGAGUUUCAAAUUGAACCAACUAGAUAAUAUAGAGCUCCCAACACAGUUUGAACUUCCAGAAUUCAUCUUUCUGGGUACCUACACUGUUCCAGCCUUUACUAUCAGAUUGGAUGAAUUCAAACAGAUGCUUUUAGAGCUAAUUGAUUUCAUAACAAACUUUGAAAUUGAGAGGCUUACCAAUAACACCUACUUUGGAGAACUCACAUUGAACUACCUGCCAGACUUUUCUGCCAUCACACUGCCAGAGAUUACUCUUCCAGAUAUUUCCUUCCCUGCCAUUCCCAAAUUAAGGGAUGAGUAUAUGCUUAACAUUCCUCUUCGGAUUCCUGAGAUCAAGCUGCCUAAAAUCCCUGAUGCAGUGGUCAUGCCUGCCUUUGGAAAGCUUUACAGUGACAUCAGACUUCGCAGCCCCAUUUACACCCUGAGAACCUCUGCUGAAAUUCAGAAUUCUACUGACAAUAAACAAAUGCAUCAUUUUACAGCAUUUCUUACAUCGAUGGGUUCAUCUGCAAGAUUUCCAAUACUAAACUUUAAUCUGGAUUCUACAGCUCGAAUUGGUAUUCCAAGAAUGAGCCGUCUCAUAAUUGCAGAAACCCUAAAGUUUGUGCAUAGUGCCCUUACUGUUGAACACCAGGCAUCAGUGACUUUCUAUGGCCUCUCUGCCCAAGCCACUGCACAGACAACUAUGAAGGCGAAGACUGAACUAUACCAGGCAGAUUUUGUUAACAAAGCUUUCUUUGCUGUGGAAGGUGGAAUGUCAGCAUCUUUUGAUACAACCUACAAGCACCAACUGGAAGUCCCUUUCCUUUCCGUGGUCAGUGAAGUUGCUCUGACCCAGUCAGGAGUUGCUUUACAGAAAGACGGCACCAUCAAACUGACAGUCAAAACUUUAAGCACUGACAAAAGAAGGCAAUUUGAGUUCUCUGAUCUUUACACUUACAAGAAUGAUAUAAGCUUUGUUAUGGACCUAAGAAGUGUAAAACUUACUUUCACUGAAGAGUUUGACAGUGAUGCCCUGAAUAUAAAGGAGACACUAUAUUUUGAAGCUGUUGCCCUGAGCCACAUUGACUUCAAUGGCACGAUUGAAACAAAAUCUCCAUUAAUUAAGAAAAGUUUGGCUGUUGCAUCUGGCAGGGCCCACCUUGGGGACAUGAAAGUGGAGCUUGAAGCAACACAUGACACAGAACUUGUUGGCGAUAUAAGCGGUACUCUAUCCAGUGCAUUUCACCUCAUGAUGCGUCCUAUUGAGAUUGUCAUUGAUUUCCAGAACAAGGCUAAUGCCAAAGCCAAACUCGAAGAGUCUCUCUCUGCCAAGAUUGACCUUCAGAAUGAUUAUGCUGUUAUUCUCAAUACCCAGAAGCAACGUGUCAGUACUGUAGCACUAGUACGCUUCAACCAGUACAAAUAUACUUACAACUUCACAGCAGACAACAUGAACACUGAAGCGGGUGUUUAUGCUGCUGUAAAUGGUGAAACUGACCUUGAGUUCCUGAAUGUUCCAAUCAACAUUCCAGAAAUUGUCAUGCCAGUUUUUGAUUUCACCAUCCCACCGGUCAAUAAUCUGAACCUGUAUGAGCAUUUUGGCCUUAAGAAUCUGUUAACUACCACCAAGCAUACCAUUGAUGUGGAUGCAAAAACUGUCUAUCAAAAGAGGUUUCCUCCGAUCAUUGAUCUCGGUCUUGUCACUGUUCCGGCUUUUGGCAACUUAAAUUCUGAGCUCUCCUUCAAGUCCUCUGUUUUCAACCUAAAUGCUAAUGCUGGAAUACAAGGAGAUGAUGAUCUUGUCAUUCGCAUUGCUGCCACCUCCACCUCUGUGUAUGAACCACUGAAGGCCAGACUUGAAGGAACCAGCAGACUGACCUCAAAGAGAGCACUGAAACUGGCCACUGCUUUAUCUCUGGAGAAUAAUCAUGUCAAGGGAAGCCAUAACAGCACCAUGACUUUGAACAUAAACCGCCUACAGGCUGCAGUAUCUGUGAACACAUUUGCAAAGGUGAACCUUCCCAUUCUUACCUUUGAAGCUAACCACAAGUUGAAUGCAGAUACCAAAACCCAGCAAAAAGCAGCAUCUACAUUGAGCAUGAAAUACACAUUUGACUUUCCCAUUAUCAAGGCUGUUGGAAGUGGCAAUGCUGAGAACACCAUGAAACUAGAAGGAACUGUUUCUUUUAUUUCUGCUGAGUCAAAAACAAAGGCCAUGAUCGAUGGGACACUGCUUGAGACUGGCAUUGUGCAGGGAGAUUUGGAUAACGAGGCAAGCUUCUAUAUGAAUGGUCAAGUAACACGCUCCAAACUGAAGACUGAUGGUAACAUAAAUGUUAAUUAUGCAGAUAUGAAAGUACAGUUUGAUGUUGAUGAAAACCUGGAAUUAGAGGCCUCCAUUUCCCGUGUGUACACUGUUUUGAACAGUGUCUCCAACAAUGAAAUCAACAUUGCUGCCCUGAAUACAAAGGGAAAACAUGUAGCCAAAGCCACUAUUGACCUGGUUUCAAUGGAUUCACUAACUGCUGAUGUGGAAUUUGACUUGUCUCAGCCAAGCACUUUUGGUGACCUCACAGCCUAUGAGAAGACACAGGUGGAAAUUUCUCCCUCCAAGCAAAAGAUUUCCUAUACCACAGACAUGGCCUCUCCUGUAUACAGCAUGAAAGUUACUGUAGACGUGGAAGCCCCAGUCUUCAAAGUUGAUUUUAAAUCAUCAGCCAAAUCUCCUGCUGUGUUCUUGGGAUACAAUCUUGACAGUUACAUCAGUACUACAAUGGAGGAUGGGGCUCUUAGCGCAACCGCUAAGGCAUUCUUGGAGCAUAACGAUUUCACAGUGGACUUCAACAAUGUCAUCUCACUGAGCGGUCCUAAACAUACCCUGAGCAUGGACAUCACUAGCCCAACUUUCACUGAUGUGAACCUUCGUUACACUGCUCAGAGAGAUCGAGUAAUCACGUCCGUUUCCACACCAGCCGCUGGAACUCUUGGGUUUGAGCUCGAUGGCCAGACUCCAUCUGAAAUGAGCACACGUCUCUACAGCCGUUCAACGUCUGCACCUGAAAGUGACAUUCUUACUAUUAGAAUGGCAGCAACAGGUGAAAAAUUACAAUUCCUGGCAACUUACAACCUGGAUGCCCCCACCGCAAUGGUCAUGGGCUUGAAGGAGAGGUUAUCUUCCAUCACCUCAACCAUUUCCAACUUUGGUGAAAAAUAUGGCAUCUGUGCUGCUGUGGGAGGUCUGAAGGAAACAAUUGUCAAUGCCCUUACCGAAGCCUUCACUGUGGUUUCUAAUCAUGCUCCUGACCUUAGCCAGCUGUCUGUCCUUUACAGAAAUGUGGUUGUUCAAUACCAGAAGGCUAUCCAGAGCCUUCUUAAUGCUGCUAUCAAAUUUCUGAAGGAGACCCAGAUCAAGCUGCCUGGUAUGGAAGAAAGUACUCUGCUUGAGAUCUGUAACAAAAUUAAAAGCAAUGUGUUUGUGGUGUUACAGCAGAUUUUCACAGCAAUCUCUGACAAUUUGGAAGAAUUCAUUGCUUCAUUUAGUAAGACCAUCAGCACAGUCCAGGUUACCCUGCCCUCUGGCGAUGUCAUGACUGGAGAACAGAUUUUGGAUUAUGUGAAGAGCAACCUGAGGCGUCUUGUAACUCGCAUUGUAAAUUCUGUGAAGCAGCUGGAGAGCCUUGACCAGAUUCUCGAGAAGCUAAGAGACACCCUCCAGGAGGUUGUUGAAAAGGCACAGGAAUUCGUUGAUACCAUCAGAUCUGAUGUUAUUGAUGCUGUUGCUCUGUACAUCAAUGAAUACUACAGCAAUUUCAUCACCUUGGUUAAAAGACUGGUUGAGAAGGCUGAUGCUUUGCUGACCUUUAAUCAGUUGACAGGUUUUGUAGAACAAUGCAUGGAGUUCAUCCUUUCUGUGCUAAGCGAGCUCACCAAUGUUGUCUCUAGAAUUCUUCCAGCAGAGGCUGACGCCUUAGUUAAAGUUCAGGAUGGAAGGCUAGAAGUUGAGCUUCCCUUCCCCUUCCAGCAGUGAGAUGGUCACUCGGAACGAACUUAGCAUCUAAAACACUACCAUCUGUUCACGUUUCUGAGUGAUGGACAAAUGAAAAGGACACUUUUCAGUUUUAUCUCAGCAUGUAUUUAAAGCAAUUGACGCUAUCUUGCACAUUUCAUUCAUAUUCCAUUGUAUUCUUUUGUUUGUGUAAAUGGGAACUCAUAUAUAUCUUUAAAAGCAGACUUUGUUUCCCUCUUUCACUUGUCUUGUAGAGAUAUGCUAAACUGAAUGAAACACAAUAAAGACCAUGUAUUAUGCAGUCA